GCUCGCCGAGACCUGCGCAGUGUCCAACAGGACCCCGCCAUGUUGUCAGAGCAGUCUUCAGGGCGAUACAUCGUCAGCGACGACGUGGAGCUGCCAGAGGAUCGCGUCCAGUACAGCGACGUGAACCUACUUCGACAAGCCCUCCUCGACGCCCGUGAGUUCCUUCGCUCAGGCUAUACGGAAAUCCACUUCCGAGUCUGGAGGCGCGACGAACCGAUGAAGCUUCUCUGCGCACGGAGUGCCAAGCAGCAUGAGGGCACGAUGGAACUCUACCUCACCUACGAGGACGGCGGCGAGGAAGAGGGCCUGCUGCAUCCGGCAGGAACCGGUUGCACCGGACCGUUGUUCGCGUUUGCCAGCAGACGUCAAGACGGCAUUCCAGCUCCUCGACGACGGCUGGGACGUGCUCAUACAAUCUUCUUCUUCAAGAACGAUCUGGUGGAGUGGACGGCGGCUCGCGGCGAGGCAAAAAGGUGCAAGGAGGGCCUGGUGCAUCACAUGCGGCCGCGCUCCUCCAUCAUGUCGCAGUCGGGCAUACAGGUGCUCAGUCUCAGCGGGAACAACGUUGGCGAAGGCAGGGACGAGGCCGGAGCGCUUAUCCUCAACCAAGAUGGGGUUUCAGGUGCUUGGUCUGAAGCUGAGAAGACGGCGGAGGCCGGCGGGGACGAGGCCGGAGCGCUUAUCAUCAACCAAGAUGAGGUCUCAGGUGCGUGGUCUCAAGCCGAAGAAGGCGAAGGCGGGGACGAGGCCGGAGCGCUUAUCCUCAACCAAGAUGGGGUGUCAGGUGCUUGGUCUGAAGCUGAGAAGACGGCGGAGGCCGUGAGCGGGGACGAGGCCGGAGCGCUUAUCCUCAACCAAGAUGGGGUCUCAGGUGCUUGGUCUCAAGCCGAAGACGGCGGAGGCGGGGACGAGGCCGGCGGGGACGAGGCCGGAGCGCUUAUCCUCAACCAAGAUGGGGUGUCAGGUGCUUGGUCUGAAGCCGAGAAGACGGCGGAGGUAGGGACGAGGCCGGAGCGCUUAUCCUCAACCAAGAUGGGGUUUCAGGUGCUUGGUGCGUGGCCUGAAGCUGAGAAGACGGCGGAGGCGGGGACGAGGCCGGAGGGCGGAGGCGGGGACGAGGCGGGGACGAGGCCGGAGGGCGGAGGCGGGGACGAGGCCGGAGCGCUUAUCCUCAACCAAGAUGGUGUCUCAGGUGCGUGGUCUCAAGCCGAAGACGGCGGAGGCGGGGACGAGGCCGGCGGGGACGAGGCCGGAGCACUUGUCCUCAACCAAGAUGGGGUCUCAGGUGCGUGGUCUCAAGCCGAAGACGGCGGAGGCCGGGACGAGGCCGGCGGGGACGAGGCCGGAGCGCUUAUCCUCAACCAAGAUGGGGUGUCAGGUGCAUGGUCUGAAGCUGAGAAGACGGCGGAGGCGGGGACGAGGCCGGAGCGCUUGUCCUCAACCAAUAUGGUGUCCCAGGUGCAUGCUCCCAAGCACGUGCAUGUUCCCAAGCGCGAGGCCUCAAAUUCACAAUCACAAGGCGAGGACGAGGCCGGAGCACUUAUCCUCAACCAAGAUGGAGCUUCAGGUUCUCAAGCAGGAGACGGCGGAGGCGGGGACGAGGCCGGCGGGGACGAGGCCGGAGCGCUUCUCCUCAACCAACAUGGGGUCCCAGGUGUGAAGUCUCAUCCCGGAGAAGGAGGAGGCGGGGACGAGGCCAAAGCGAUUAUCCUCAACAAAUCUGGGGUCCGAGGUGUGAAGUCUCAUCCCGGAGAAGGAGGAGGCGGGGACGAGGCCAAAGCGCUUAUCCUCAACCAAUAUGGGGUCCUAGGUGCGUGUUCAGACAGCCCGAAGAAGGCGGAGGCAGGGUGCGUGGUCUCACAGCCCGAAGAAGGCGGAGGCGGGGACGAGGCCGGCGCGGACGAGGCCGGAGAGCUUGUCCUCAACCAAUAUGGGGUUUCAGGGAAAGCGGAGGACAAGGCCGGGAGGGCUUAUCCUCAAUCAGUAUGGGAUUCCGAAGCGUGGGAGCUCAGCCUGAAGAAAGCCGGAGGGCUUAUCCUCAACCAAGAUGGGAUUUCAGGUGCGUGGUCUGAAGCUGAGAAGACGGCGGAGGCGGGGACGAAGCCGGAGCGCUUAUCCUCAGCCAAUAUGGGGUGUGACGUCUCACAGCCCGAAGAAACUGGAGGCGGGGACGAGGCGGGAACUACGGGGUCCCAAUCCGGAGAAGGCGGAGGCGGGGAAGAGGUGCGUGGUCUCAACCUGAAGAAUCCGGAGAAGGCGGAGGUGCGUGGUCUCAACCUGAAGAAAGCGGAGGGGACGAGGUCGGAGGGCUUAUCCUCAACCAAUAUGGGGUCCCAACCCGAAGAAGGCGAAGGCGGGGACGAGGCCGGCGGGGAGACCGCAGCACUUCUCCUCAACCAACAUGGGGUCCCAGGUGUGAAGUCUCAUCCCGGAGAAGGAGGAGGUGUGGAAGCUCAAGCCGAAGAAGACGGAGGCAAGGACGAGGUGUGGAAGCUCAAACAGAAGAAGACGGAGGCAAGGACGAGGCCGGGUGUGGAAGCUCAAGCUGAAGAAGACGUAGACAAGGACGAGGUGUGGAAGCUCAAGCCGAAGAAGACGGAGGCAAGGUGUGGAAGCUCGCCGAAGAAGUCACAGGCAAGGACGCGCUCCUCCAUCAUGUCGCAGUCGGGCAUACAGGUGCUCAGUCUCAGCGGGAACAACGUUGGAGGCGGAGACACGGACGAGUCCCGAAGGCUCGCAUGCCGAGAGAUUCGCCUAUCCUCAACCAAUACGGCGUCGCAGGUACUCCGGGAGCAAGGCCAGAGCGCUAUGGGGCUCGGGGUCCGCGGUCCCAGCCCGAAGAAGGCCGCCGGAACGAGGCUGGAACGUUUAUCCUCAACCACUGUGGGAUUCGAGAUCAGCAGCCCAGAAGCCGAAGAAGGCGAAGGCGGGGACGAGGCCGGAGCGCUUAUCCUCAACCAAGAUGGGGUUUCAGGUGCUUGGUCUGAAGCUGAGAAGACGGCGGAGGCCGGCGGGGACGAGGCCGGAGCGCUUAUCAUCAACCAAGAUGGGGUCUCGGGUGCGUGGUCUCAAGCCGAAGACGGCGGAGGCGGGGACGAGGCCGGAGCGCUUAUCAUCAACCAAGAUGGGGUCUCAGGUGCGUGGUCUCAAGCCGAAGAAGGCGAAGGCGGGGACGAGGCCGGAGCGCUUAUCCUCAACCAAGAUGGGGUGUCAGGUGCUUGGUCUGAAGCUGAGAAGACGGCGGAGGUGCGCGGUCUCAACCCGAAGGAAACGAGGGCCUGGUUGUGCAAAGAGCUAUGUGUGUCGACACGCGAAGCUGUUGCCCAAGAGAACUUGCCCAAGAGCGACAAGGCUCGCCGAGACCUGCGCAGUGUCCAACAGGACCCCGCCAUGUUGUCAGAGCAGUCUUUAGGGCGAUACAUCGUCAGCGACGACGUGGAGCUGCCAGAGGAUCGCGUCCAGUACAGCGACGUGAACCUACUUCGACAAGCCCUCCUCGACGCCCGUGAGUUCCUUCGCUCAGGCUAUACGGAAAUCCACUUCCGAGUCUGGAGGCGCGACGAACCGAUGAAGCUUCUCUGCGCACGGAGUGCCAAGCAGCAUGAGGGCACGAUGGAACUCUACCUCACCUACGAGGACGGCGGCGAGGAAGAGGGCCUGCUGCAUCCGGCAGGAACCGGUUGCACCGGACCGUUGUUCGCGUUUGCCAGCAGACGCCAAGACGGCAUUCCAGCUCCUCGACGACGGCUGGGACGUGCUCAUACAAUCUUCUUCUUCAAGAACGAUCUGGUGGAGUGGACGGCGGCUCGCGGCGAGGCAAAAAGGUGCAAGGAGGGCCUGGUGCGUCACAUGCGGCCGCGCUCCUCCAUCAUGUCGCAGUCGGGCAUACAGGUGCUCAGUCUCAGCGGGAACAACGUUGGAGGCGGAGACACGGACGAGUCCCGAAGGCUCGCAUGCCGAGAGAUUCGCCUAUCCUCAACCAAUACGGCGUCGCAGGUACUCCGGGAGCAAGGCCAGAGCGCUAUGGGGCUCGGGGUCCGCGGUCCCAGCCCGAAGAAGGCCGCCGGAACGAGACUGGAACGUUUAUCCUCAACCACUGUGGGAUUCGAGAUCAGCAGCCCAGAAGCCGAAGAAGGCGAAGGCGGGGACGAGGCCGGAGCGCUUAUCCUCAACCAAGAUGGGGUUUCAGGUGCUUGGUCUGAAGCUGAGAAGACGGCGGAGGCCGGCGGGGACGAGGCCGGAGCGCUUAUCAUCAACCAAGAUGGGGUCUCAGGUGCGUGGUCUCAAGCCGAAGACGGCGGAGGCGGGGACGAGGCCGGAGCGCUUAUCAUCAACCAAGAUGGGGUCUCAGGUGCGUGGUCUCAAGCCGAAGAAGGCGAAGGCGGGGACGAGGCCGGAGCGCUUAUCCUCAACCAAGAUGGGGUGUCAGGUGCUUGGUCUGAAGCUGAGAAGACGGCGGAGGUAGGGACGAGGCCGGAGCGCUUAUCCUCAACCAAGAUGGGGUUUCAGGUGCUUGGUCUGAAGCUGAGAAGACGGCGGAGGCGGGGACGAGGCGGGGACGAGGCCGGAGCGCUUAUCCUCAACCAAGAUGGUGUCUCAGGUGCGUGGUCUCAAGCCGAAGACGGCGGAGGCGGGGACGAGGCCGGCGGGGACGAGGCCGGAGCACUUGUCCUCAACCAAUAUGGGGUCUCAGGCGGGGACGAGGCCGGAGCGCUUGUCCUCAACCAAUAUGGUGUCCCAGGUGCAUGCUCCCAAGCACGAGACUUCAACCUCAAGAAGAACGAGGCCGGGACGAGACUGGAGGGCGUAUCCUCAAAGAAUAUGCGGUACCCGAUGCUGGCUUCGAGAGCCACAGACGACUUCGACUUUGGCGUGGGAUCUCAAGCAGAAGACGGCGGAGGCGAGGACGAGGCCGGAGCACUUAUCCUCAACCAAGAUGGCGGGGACGAGGCCGGAGCGCUUAUCCUCAACCAAUAUGGGCUCCACGAG